AUGGAGUGGCUUCAAGUUUUUGGAGUCUUUGGAUUUUUUGCGAUUUACAGUGGAGCCCAAACUUUGGAAAGUCCCAGUCACAGUCCCUCAUACCUGAUAUCAGUUUCUAAAGUCUUACGACCUGGUAUCCCGACCACAUUAUCAGUCACCAACCUGAAAGCUUCUGCAGUUCUGGUCAUCUCUGAGAUUAUACAUGGCAACACCAGUGUUGUCAGAACAAAGAGUACCAUUGAAGGAGGCUCCACGGAAAUGCAAGUGCUGUCUGCUGUCCCUGAAAAUGAUAUGAGCUACUGGUAUCCAUAUGAGCUGCUGGUGAAAGGCUACGUGGGAAAUCAGAUGGUGUUCACCAACACAACAUUCCUGCGCUUUAGUCCCAAAAGUGUGUCCAUUCUCAUUCAGACGGACAAGCCAAACUACAAGCCGGGGCAGGCGGUGAAGAUCCGGGCGGUGAUAAUUCAGCCCGACAGCAAACCUCACGAGGGCCAGAUGGACCUGGUCAUCAGGGACCCGAGGGGAAACAUGAUACGGCAGUGGAUGUCACUGGACAGUGUUCUGGGUGUUGUAUCAAAAGAGUUUCAGCUCUCUGAAAACCCGCCUCUUGGUAUGUGGACGAUUGUUUCCACAGUAAAUGAAGUUGUACAGGAAAAACAAUUCAAUGUCGAUUACUACGUGCUGCCAAAGUUUGAAGUUCUUGUUCAGGCACCUUCUAUUCUUCACUAUGAGGAGACACUGAGAGGCACUGUUACUGCACGAUAUUUCUAUGGGAAGUCAGUGUCUGGACAUGUCAAACUGACAUAUGUCCAUUGUUUCCAUGGCAUUGAUGUCCAUUAUGAAGACAGCAAAAUGAUUUAUGGCUCAACUGAUUUCAUCUUUGAUGUGCCUGAGUUAUUUAAUGAUAUAUACGAACGAUCAGUGGAUCAGAUGUAUCAGUAUUAUGCAGGAUAUAUGGACAGUGAAUAUGUAGACAUCAUAGCAUCUGUCACAGAGUCUUUGACAGGCCUAACAUACAACAGCAGCAUCAGGGUGUCGGUGGUUAAGUGUAAAUAUAAUCUUGAAUUUCGUCAAUAUCCCUCCGUCAUAAAGCCGUCUUUGAACUUUUCAGCUGAGGUGAGAGUUGCUUCGUACAAUGGGCAGCCCCUGACCGCGGCCGACCAGAUGAAGAGCGUGUCUCUGUCAGUGAGCCAGCACAGACGCAGCCCGUGGAGUUGGAAGUGGGAUGAGGAGGGUGCUUUGCAACCCCGCAUGCACAACUCCUCUACGACGGACGCUUCGAUGUCCCUCACGAAUAUGCGUCCCUUUCCUGCCAUGAACGAUGAGAUUCCAGUCCAGGAAUUAGUGCUGCCAGUCCCUGCUAACGGAGUCGUUCCUUUCCACAUUCAGUUAUCAGAAAAUGUGGCUACGCUCAGUAUUGAAGCCCAUUUUGAAGAUAGUAGUGAGAGGCUUCAACUGUACAGCAGCUACUCAUCACCAAGUCAGUCUUAUAUUCAACUCAACUACACCAGCACUCCCCAGGUUGGACACCCUUUGCAUUUGACUGUAGAGAGCAGUUUCUUACUAACCGAGUUUCACUACUUGGUGAUGUCACGAGGUCAAGUGGUAGCUGCAGGGACUAUGAGAUCCACUUCCUUCACACUGACUCCAGAUCAGUCCUGGGUUCCUAAGUCCUGCGUGCUGGUGUACUGUGUUCGACCUGACGGGGAGAUUAUCAACGACGCGUUGCACAUCCCCUUCACACAAGCCCUGAGAAACCAUGUGUCUUUAAGCUGGAGCCAUGGGACAGCGCAGCCGGCGGAUGGCGUGUCUCUGUCUGUGUCUGUGUCUGAACCCGGCUCUCUGGUGGGAAUAAUGGUGGUGGACAAAGCCACAAAAUCGUCGGGGACGGACAACGACAUCACAGAGAAAAGGGUGAUUGAAGAGCUGGUGGAAUACAGUGAAUAUAUGAGCCACCCUGUCCCAGAUGGAAUGAGGAUGGGAGAUCCAUAUUCCAUAUUCACGGAAUGCAAUCUCAUGGUGCUGACAGAUGCCAGACUGAACAUAGAGGAAAAUCUGUUGGCCCCUGAAUUUCGGGAGGGAGUCGAGAUCACACAGUAUGAGGGCUAUUCAAACCAGGAACCACAUGAGCGCAAGAAUUUUCCAGAAACAUGGCUGUGGCUGAACCUUAAUAUGGGCAGCUCAAAUACUACAGUUCUCCCUCUGAUGGUUCCAGACAGCAUGACAUCCUGGGUAGCUACUGCUUUUGUCAUGUCUGAGAACCUGGGUUUAGGCGUGAGUGCUCCAGCAGAGCUCACCGUGUUCCAAGACUUUUUCCUGUCCUUAAAUCUUCCUGCAUAUAUCAUCCGAGGAGAACUGCUUCUGCUGGAGAUCAUUCUAUUCAACUACAUGGAAGAGGACCUAGAGGUCAUGGUGAUUGUUGGCGAGAGUGAGAUGUUUGAGUUUGUGUCCUCUGAGAGCGAGGCGAUAUCCAUGGCUAGCACACAGAGGGUCUCUGUUUGGAGUCAGAACGGUACCUCCGUGCUCUUCCCCAUCAGAGCGACAGAGCUGGGAGAAAUGCCCAUCUCUGUCAGAGCCAUUUCCUCCUAUGGCUCGGACGUCGUCCGAGGGUCAAUACUGGUCAAGCCAGAAGGAAUUGAGCAGACUUUCACGAAAACUCUGUUCCUGGAGUUUGCACCGACACAGAGCCUUCUGACCGAAGAGAUUCUGUUCACCUUCCCUGCAGAUGUGGUUCCCGGCAGCCAGCGAGCUGAAGUAACCGCCAUUGGCGACAUUCUCGGACCAUCCAUCACCGGGCUGGAGUCUCUCAUUCAGAUGCCAUAUGGAUGUGGUGAACAGAACAUGAUCCAUUUUGCUCCCAAUAUUUACAUUCUGCGCUACCUCACCAGCACUGGACAAGCUACCGAGGAGAUACGGAACAAGGCUGUCACGUACAUGAUGGAAGGCUAUGAGCGUGAGCUGUCCUACCAGAGGUUGGAUGGCUCAUUUAGUGCAUUUGGAGAUGAUGAUUUAUCUGGCAGCACUUGGUUGUCAGCGUUCGUGCUCAGGUGUUUCCUGCAGGCACGGCAAUUCGUCUCCAUUGACCCGACAGUUAUAGCCAGGACGGCAAGUUGGCUGAGCGCCCAGCAGGAACCUGGCGGGACCUUUCUGGAACCGGGCAGGGUCAUCCACUCAGAGCUACAGGGAGGUCUGGACGGGCCGGUCUCUCUCACUGCCUAUGUCCUUAUGGCCCUGCUUGAAGAUGCAACCUACAGGAGUAUGUAUGCGAGCCAGGUGUCAGCCGCACUCAGUUACCUGCAAACCAGGCUUGCCCAAGGCAUCUCUAGCAACUACAGCCUGAGCUUAGCAGGCUACGCCCUGUCUCUGGCUGACAGUGCCUCUGCACCCACGGCUGUGAAUCAGCUGCUCAGCAGAGCAGAGGAGCAGGAUGGGGUACCGCGAUGGAGUUCCUCAAAUGUGGGGUUGGCUGAUUCCUGGCAGCCUCGUUCAGCUGACGUCGAGAUGGCCGCCUAUGUCCUUCUUGCUCUGUAUAAACAGGGCAGGCCAGCAGAUGGCUUCACCCUCAUGAAAUGGCUUAGCCAGCAGAGAAACCACCUGGGUGGAUAUGGCUCCACACAAGACACAAUUGUUGCCCUGCAUGCACUGUCUUGGUACAGCUCCUUUGGUAGCUCGGACCUCCUAAACCUUGACAUACUGGUCAACGCACCUACAGGACCAGUCGCCUCCUUUACAAUCAACAGGACAAACUACCUGCUGCAACAGAGCCAAGAGAUCGAAGCAGACGGAGAGCUAAACAUUCAAGUCACCGCAAGGGGUCGAGGCUUCGCCCUCUUUCAGCUGGCAGCAUUUUACAAUGUGGAAAGUGAGGGGUUUUCAAGGAGACGCAGAGAUGCCCAUGAACAGGAGGCCUUUGAAUUGGAGAUAGAUGUUACAGACAGAGACAUGUACAAUAUUUAUCUUCAUAUAUGCACCAGGCUUUGGGAAAAUCAGGGUUUAAGUCAGACUGGCAUGGCUAUUCUGGAAGUUGGCUUACUCAGCGGCUUUGGCCUGGCGGAUUACGGAGUACCGACCGAUGAUGUGAUCAGGAGGGUGGAGACACCUCCAGGAAAAGUGAUUCUUUACUUAGAUUCAAUCACCACGACUGAAAUGUGUGUCGAAAUCCCAACCGUUUUGGAUUACAAGGUGGCAGGCCUGCAACACGCUUUAGUUACUGUCUAUGACUACUACGAACCUCGUCGGAGGACGAGCAGGUCCUACACGUCAGAGCAGAGGCGGGAUAUGUCCCCCUGUUCGUUGUGCGGUGAAGACUGCAGUCAGUGCGGGGCAUUUGAGCAAUAUGUUCCAGUGUAUUUCAGCGGCGUGCCUCCAACUCAUCAGUGCCACCAUGUGAUCUAUUUCUCCAUUUGUGGUACCAUGCCAUCAGUGAACAACAUGCCACUGAAUGAUCUAAGAGCUCCUGGGCUAGGAGAGGAGACUCCAGUAAAAUACGAGUCCUUAGAAUUCAUGGCGAUGGUCGGUGGUGGGGUUAAAGUCAAAGAGAAGAGGGCCUAA